AUGUCAACGGCGGUGAUAAAUUUUAAGACUGCUGCUCCUGGAGCAAGCGAAGAUCGUGGGGAAAUGCAGCAACCGGCCGAGAAACAGAAACUUGGCCAUCGCCGUAUCGAUGAGCAGGGAGAGGUCAGUUACAAGAAGGUGCCCACGAAUGCGCUUAUGAGCGCUAUUCAGUUGGGCAUCGCCAACUCCAUCGGCAGCCUUGCAUCUCGGCCUGAUCGAGAUUUGUUACUGCAAGAUUUUCAAAAGAUCGAAAAUGUAGCUUUUCCCGCUGCUGGCUCGGCUACUACACCAUCGCACUCGUUUGGUGAUUUUCGCUUCAAGACCUAUGCACCGAUUGCGUUUCGCUACUUCAGGGAACUGUUCAAUAUUAAACCGGCAGAUUUCUUGAGUUUGGGAAAGAAUAUUCGCUUAUUAGUAAUGAAUAAUUUGCUACCACAAAAUGUAACUAUGCACGAGAAAUAUGAUCUCAAAGGAUCAACCUACAAACGUUUAGCAUCCAAAUCUGAACGGGCAAAGGCCUCUCCAACUUUGAAAGAUCUUGAUUUCAUUGAAAAUCACCCCAACGAAGGUCUUUCUAUGGACCCUAUUUCAUAUGAUAGUCUUAUACGAACGAUUAGCCGAGACUGUUUGGUCUUAGAAAGUUUUAAAAUCAUGGACUACUCUUUGCUAGUGGGUAUUCACAAUAUGGAGUUGACAUCAACUGGGGAUCGAAAUCGUGCUCAACCAAUCCGACAGGAAAGUGAGGAUGAGCUGGAGCAAGCCGACGACUUGCCAAGCACCAGUAGGGGCGAGACUGAAACACGAAGAAGGGAUUCCAUUUCCGUCCACAAUCCCAACUUCUACGCUCAACGAUUUUUGUCAUUCAUGACAGAGCACGUCUUCAAGAAGGGUCCAGCCUUGAAGCAAUCACCUUCACGACGGCGCGCAAGAAAAAGUGUUGGAGAUGAAGACUUGCCUAUAUCUACGCGUGACAUCAAUCCAGUGAUCAGCGUCGGUAUUCCACGGGCUGUGGUUGAGCGGUUAUUUGCCAGUUCAAACGCGAAAGCCGAUGAACGGGAACCACUGCAGGAGGAAGAGGACGAAUUUAUUUUUCACAAACGUGAACCGUCGAUGACGAUGUCGUCGUUGCUUCUCAGCGAAAUCCCCUUCAUAGACGAUCCGCAACAACCAUCACAAGAGUUGGAACAACAACAAGCGCAAUCGUAG